UACUGGAAACGAGGCGAGUUAAAUUGUUUGUAUCGACCAGAAGUGCCAUGCAGAAGUUCUAGACCGGCAUAUUCUUAAUUUAUGAAAUUAUGCCGUCUGCAUUUGAGUCAUCUUGAAAAUAAAGUAUUGGAAUAUUACAAAGGACUAGGAUCAUAAUUAGCAGUUGAACAGAGAUGACACUUUACGAAAGGUUAAUGAUGGAAUAUAUUUAUGAUUUCCAACCUGAUCGUGAAAACGAAAUGGCAGAACUAGCAUUUGAAGACCAUUUUCCUAUGCCGAAUGAUCGAUUUAAAAGUUCCAGUCGAACAAGUGGCAAAAGCGGUAGAAGUAGUAGUCCAACUCAUAGUGCCCAUGCGAACUUUCUCCGCUAUAGUAUAAUGAAAUCAUCAGACGAGAAGAAGGCGAGAAAGGUUCGUUUCUAUAGAAAUGGUGACCGAUUUUUUAAAGGAAUUGUUUAUGCUGUUUCAGCAGAACGAUUUCGUUGUUUAGAUUCUUUGUUAGUUGAUCUGACGGGAAGUCCUCUGUGCGAUAAAAACAUUUUACCGAAUGGCGUGCGUCAUAUUUUUACUAUGGACGGAACUAAAAAAGUAGCUAACCUAAACCAGUUAGAGGAAGGGGAAAGUUACGUAUGUGCUUCAACUGAUGUUUUUAAAAAGUUGGAUUACGCCAAAACUGCUAACCCAAAUUGGAAUGUAAACGCUAAACCAAAAGAUGACCCACUAUCAGCAAGUUUUGGACUUUCGGGUGAUGGCAAGGAUUACAUCAAACCAAAGCUGAUAACAGUUAUUAAAAACGGUUUAAAACCAAGGAAAGCAGUGCGAGUUUUAUUGAACAAGAAAACUGCGCAUUCUUUUGAACAAGUUUUGAAUGAUGUCACAGAAGCAAUCAAGUUAAAUUCGGGAAUUGUACGCAAAAUUUUCACAGUGGAUGGCCAACCAGUAAAUUCUUUAUAUGACUUUUUCAAAGAUGAAAACUCAGUAUUUAUUGCUUACGGCCAUGAACGGUGUACUCAGGAUGACUUUGACCUUGAUGAGAACGAAGUAAGAUUAGUUUCAGCAUAUAAAAAUACAACGUUCAGGCAAUCAGAAAGGGUUACAUUGAGAUCGCCAAGAACACCUCGCAAAAGUUCAUUAUCAUCUAGAAGUCUUGAUAAAUCAGGUUCCUCAUCACCAUUAGCUUCACCUAAAGCUUCACGCAAAUUAAGAGUUGUAUCUGCACCAAAAUACAGAACAGCAAAUGGCAUUGGAGGACCACCAUCUUUAGCUCAGAGAUAUGAAAUUGGUAAAAUUAUUGGGGAAGGAAAUUUUGCAGUAGUAAAAGAGUGUACAGAAAAGAAAACACACAAGCAAUAUGCUCUAAAAGUGAUUGACAAAGAGAAAUGUAAAGGAAAGGAACAAAUGAUAGAGAAUGAAGUAUCCAUCCUCAGAAAAGUAGACCAUCCUAAUAUAAUACUACUGGUGGAUGAAUUUGACACCAAGGAUGAGUUAUACCUAGUCAUGGAAUAUGUCAGGGGUGGAGACUUAUUUGAUGCAAUUUCCACAUCCACUAAAUACACAGAAAGGGAUGCCAGCACCAUGAUACACAACUUAGCUAGUGCUCUUAAAUAUCUACACAAACUUAAUAUUGUACAUAGGGACAUUAAACCAGAAAAUCUGUUGGUAACACACCAUGCAGAUCAAACAAAAUCAUUAAAGUUGGGAGAUUUUGGACUUGCUACAUAUUGCAAUGAAACCUUAUUUACUGUAUGUGGAACUCCUACCUAUGUAGCACCUGAAAUACUCACAGAAGUGGGAUACAGUGUAGAAGUUGAUGUUUGGGCAGCUGGAAUUAUACUGUAUAUUCUUUUAUGUGGAUUCCCUCCCUUUGUAAGUGAUACAAAUAAUACAGAAGAAUUAUUUGACAAGGUCAUUGAAGGACAUUUUGAAUUUUCUGCGCCAUACUGGGAUGAUGUAUCAGACUCAGCUAAGAAUCUUAUCAAUCAAAUGUUAGAUAUCAAUCCAGAAUCUAGGUUAACUGCUGAGGAGGUUAUGUCACACGAAUGGAUUAUUAAUGACAAGGCCAGCGAUUCACACAUGCAGGUCCAAGUAGCAAAGAAACUGAAGAAACAUUUCCGUAGGAGAAGUAAAGCAUCAUUAAGUACUGCUGGAAUCAGGCUUGUCGCUACGACACCACUGGACAAAGCCUCACGAUAUUUUGAAGGUCAUAAAAGACAAAUACCAUUAACACUACCACAGGAAGAAUUAGAACAAGAAGAUGAAGUCUACUAGGAAUAACAAUAAACCAAAUAAUUCCAAGGCAGCCAUUUUACUUUCAAUAGACAAUUUACAGCAAUCAUGUUAUUAUUGACUCCUCAAUAGUUUAAGAACAAUACUUCUUACAAAAGUGUAUAAUAUCUGAUAAAUAAUUGAUUCAGAUUUCAGACCUAUUGUAUUGAUUUUUAUAGUUUUCUAAAGGGAAAGCUAUUAUUUUGGGGAGGGACUAAUUUUUCGUUUAAGUAGAGCAAAUGUAUGGUUAUAAUCCAAUUAUUUUCUUAUAUAAAGGAUUUUUUUUCAAAUGAAACACAAUCAGGUUGUUCAGAAUCCAAAUUUCACAUACCCUAUAUCCUACUGUUGCCUGAUUUAUUGAGCAUGCCAUUGGUGGAUCCUGGGGCCCCCCUUGUUUUGGCCGAUCAAUGCAUUUGGAUGGAGACAUAUAAUUGGACCCCCCCCCCCCUUUUUUAAAAUGGCUGGAUCCGCCUCUGUAUCCUCGUUUGGAUUUUAAAUGAUAGUAUUACGUCUGCCAGCAGCUGACCAUUGCCUUAUUUCUGAGCUAUUCUAAUCACUUAUUU